UACGUGUCUCUCCGUGAGGGGCCAUGCCGCCCCUUAGCUCUGCUCCAGCCCCGAGGCUGCGGUCGGGCUCUGCCAGCACCUGGUAGGGCAGCACGACCCCGCCGAGCCCCAUCGCCCCCGGCUGCCGAGCGGCGUCAUGGCCCCGUGGGCGACCGCGGAGCUGUGGCUGCUGCUGCUGCUCCAGCUGUGCCCCGCGCUCACCUCGCCGCCCCGCAGCUGCCCCGCUGUUUGUAUCUGCACCUCCGACCUGCUGAGCUGCAGCCGGCAGACCCUGCAGCAUGUGCCCCACGCGCUGCCGCCCACCGCCACCACGCUGGACCUGAGCCACAACGCUCUGAGCCAGCUGCAGGACGGCUGGCUGGCCGCGCUGCCGCACCUCGAGGCCCUGCACAUCGGCCACAACCAGAUCGGAGAGCUGUCCCCGCGCGCCUUCCACAACGCGUCCCGCCUGCGGCACCUCGACAUGUCCUCCAACCGCCUGCGCGCCGUCGAGACGCACUACUUCGAGGAGCUGGUGAGCCUGGAGGAGCUCCUGCUCUACAACAACCGCAUCGCGCGGGUGGACGAGAACGCCUUCGCCAAGCUGAGCGGGCUGAGGAAAGUGUACCUGAGCUGGAACAACCUCACCUCCUUCCCCUUCCGCGCCGUGCAGGGCCUGGGCAACUUCAGCCUGCGCACGCUGGACCUGUCCUCCAACAGCCUGCGCAGCCUGCCCGUGGAGGAGCUGGCGGCACUGCCCGAGCACGUCCGCAACGGCCUCUACCUGCACAACAACCCCGUGCGCUGCAGCUGCCCGCUCUACCUGAUGCUGCAGCGCUGGAGGCAGCGGGGGUUCAGCUCGGUGCGGGACUUCUUCGAGGAGCACACCUGCAAGGUGUCCGACGCCGUGCCGCGCUCCCUGAUCAAGCUCCUCAAGUACAGCCACCUGUUUGAGAACUGCUCGGCCGAGCCCGACCCCGCGCAGCCCGCGCCCUUCCGGGUGACGGUGGGCCGGGUGCUGCUGCUGGCCUGCAACGCCAGCCUGCCCCACGCCGCCUACAUGUGGAUCUCCCCGCACCACGAGCCCAUCCGGCCCCCGGGCAACGCCAACCGCUCCGUCGAGGUGUUCCACAACGGCAGCCUGCGCAUCGCGUCCGCCCGGCCCUGGCACUCGGGGGUCUACGUCUGCUUGGCCAUCAGCGGCCCCCACAACAUCAGCCGGCUGUGCGAGGUCAACGUGACGGUAAACUACUCCAAGCCGGACGGGGAGACCUUCAGCACUGGCCUGACCACGCUGCUGGGCUGCAUCGUCAGCCUGUUGCUGGUGCUCGUCUAUCUGUUCGUGACGCCGUGCCGCUGCCCGCCGUGCUGCAGGACGGCCCCCCCCAGCCCCCCGCAGGAGUGCAGCGCACAGUCCUCCAUCCUCAGCGCCACGCCGCCCACCACCGACGGGCCCAGCCGCAGGGCCAGCAAGCACGUGGCCUUCCUGGAGCCCGCCCGCGAGGCGCUGGAUGGCAAGGAGCGCCCGGCGCCCGGCGAGGCCCUCCCCGAUGGCAGGCACCCCAAGGUGCUGCAGCUGCGCUCGGAUACCGAGUCCAUCAGCUCUGUCUUUUCAGAUACCCCCAUCGUGUCCUAAUGGGGCUGAGCCUCCCCACAGCCGUGCCCCAGCACUCAGCCUGACUAUGGCAGGGGGGUUCAGCACCACCUGCACCGCUUCAGCCGCCAGCACAAGGGUGAUGCCGAUGGACUCGGCCCGCCUGCGACCCCUGUUUCAUCCCGGCAGCAGUGAUGCCAGCGCUGUGGCCAUGGGUGUGCAAAAUCCAGCCCAGCGCUCCCACCCCGAUCCCUCCAGUGCUGUCCUCGGGGGCUCUCAGGGAUGGCCACGCCACAGUCCCCAGCCACUCGGAGUGGAGGGAGCACGGUCCUGUGGCCCCACUGAUCCACUGCAGGACCGUGCGGGGAGGAGGGGGCUCAGCACCCAGCCAAGCAAACAUUGCACGCUUUUGCCUCUGAACACCCCUGAAGCUGUACAUAGUGACAUCGGGCACCGGGAGGUGACUGACGCAGCGCUGCUCGCAGCUCCCUGUGCCACCAAGGACGCCGAGGUCUCCUGCACCGCCUGCGCUCGCUGCUUCUCCUUGAGAUGGACGUGCGCUGCUCGAGCACAGCUAUUGAGGCAGUAAUCUAAUAAGCCUGUCGAUAAAUGUGAGUAAUGCUCUCCUCUCUCAGGCCAUCACUCUCCAGUUACAUUUGAAUUAAAAAAUGCCUAUUUUUUUAAGCUCACGCUGGGCUGUGCGUCUCCUUGCCCUCACAGCGGGGCAGCCGGGCUGGGGGCUGCAGGGCCUCCAUGAUCCACACGGGGCUGGUGUGGCAUGAAGCACUGGGGGCUGGGCUAGGGGAGCCUCUGGUCACUUGUCCCCAGGAGGUGACAUCUGUGAGGUGGGGAGGGGGCUGCACCAGUGAUACACAGCACACCCAGGGACCAGCAGCAUUCAGAGGCGUGGGAGACCUGCUUGCUCAGGAGCAGGCCGGCCCAAACGCUGCAAAGUCUCCCCUGCGGGACUGGGGGACCACAGCGGGAUGUGGGGCCAAGCAGAGGGACACCACCACCCCUGCACAGUCACGAUGAGAGAGCACAGCUCUUGCUUGUCCUUCCACUCUUCCGGCACAGAGACAAGCAGCUUAUUUCCAGCACAAAGUCAGCCCUGCCCAAAGCGCUCGGGCUUGCCACCUGACACCGACCUUGUGCAGCCCCGUGCCAUGAGCCCUGUGGCUGCUGCUUGGCGAGGGAUGGGGACUGACAGCCGCCGCCGGCCCUGCCCUCACUGCCCGCGCCUGCUGUCCCCUUGCGUUAGUGCAGAGCCACUGAUGAGCCCAGGAUGCUGAGCGGCCACAUCGGCUGCUGCCGGGGCUGGUGUGGAGCUUUGGCGUGGGGAGGGUUGGAAAGUGAUGCCCUGUCCCCUGGGGACAGAGUUGUGGUGGCACUGUCCCCCAGCUCUACUCCCACGCAGGGAUCCCACUGGGGGGGAUCUGGGUUUGCCCUUUCUAAUGGGAAUCCUAUCCCCCCCGCUUUUCUGUUGAGCAAAGCCAUCCCCUGCCGAGGGAUCUGGCUGCUGCACCACAGCAGCGUGCUGAUGCUUCACCUCCGAGUCUGGAAAAGCAUCCCAGAAAGGUGCUAAAGUGAGGGGAUGGUAUCAUCCACCCCAAAGCACGGGGCCUGCUGCUCCCUGCAGCUGGCUGACCCCAACCCAUGGUGCCAGGACGUGGUUGUUCCAGCGCCUGUCACAAGGGCUCCCUGUUUCCCAGGAGAACCCCGCCGCGGUGUGUCACACCGUUCUGGUGCCAGGAAAGGACUCUGCCCCGCAGUGCCGCUCCAGCCAGGUGCUGGAAUGCUCAAAGCAGUCCCUUAGGCAGUUUGAACAGCAAAUUUCAGUCAGGGAAAGCACAGCCGUGAGCAUGGUCCCCGCAACAGGCAGGGCUGGAAAUGCAGCGGACGGUCUCCAUCACCACCAUCCCCCCCUGGCAGCCACCUGCACCACUCCGGCCCGGCCGGCUGCCAUGCCACAGAUUGGCACGCAGCACAGCACCCUGGGUGUGCAGGGAACAAGGAUCAUCCGUCCCCUGCGCUCCACAUCUUGGUCCCCUCCUGCCCUCCCACUGCUGGAGCUGGCUGCACCUGGAGCCCUCCCUUACCGUGCUCCUGGACUUCCAGAGAGACUCAGGCAGCAAAGCCCCGUGCCCCAGCCCGUGCACCCCCUGCCCAGGGCACAGUGAGCGGAGCAGCCUGUAACUGGGUGACCACAGUGCUUCCCUCCGUCCUCCCCACCUUUCGGGUGGCACUCCCUGGGAGCCUCCCAAGGCUCCACUAGGGCUGUGCUGCUGACAAACCCACCGGACCCCUGCACAAGUCCCAGCCCUCCAAACCAGAGCUCCGCUGCCACCAAAUGUGUCCCCUCACACGUGGACACCUGCGGAGAACCUUCGGGCACUGCCCCUUUCCCUGUCGCUCGCUCUCAUCAGGAUCAUUACACAAGAUCUGGCCAACACGGCUCCAUUAGCUCACUCCAAAGGAGGCUUAAUAGAAAAUCUGCUCAAUUAUUUAGCAGACAAACGGGGGGAUGAUACUGGCUGAAGGCUGCCAGGGUCCCUGGCAUGGUCCCAGUGAGUCAGAGCAGCUCCGGGCUCAGCUCCCACCUUCCCUCUCCUCCCCAUAAAAUCAAGGCAUGGUCAUUAAGGCCUGGCAGAGCACGGAGCACACGGGCAUCCCGCUAGCCCUGCUGGGCACUGGGAGCACCAUCAGUGACACAGCCGUCCCCACAGACGCGAGGAGUGCAUUUCUCCUCUCCUGGAAGCACAGCCCGUGGACUAACGCAUACCACGUAUCAAUUGUCUCCUCACAUCCCAGCCCGGGCAGUGUUCCCUAUUCCUGUGCUUAAUGGCCCUUUUUGUGCCAGGAGGCCGUAAUGGGAGGACUUGAUGCCUGGCUGAGCCUCCCGUGCUGGGCAGCACAGUUGAGGCAUCAGAUCGCAUCCUGCUGCACCCAGGGCACGGCGCAGAGUCCUGCUCUCCCUGCUGUGCGCUCUGUCCCCCAGCACGUGGCACAGGGUCAGCUCGUGGACAGAAACCCCACUCAAGCAAGGAGGUCACACGAGGUCCUCCUGUCCCUUGUCCUCGCCCUCUGGGGCAGAGCUCCCUGCAGGGAACCCGGCAGGUGAACAGCUAGUGCCGGGUAAUUCCUAUGGAGAGGUUCCUCCGAGCAAACUCACACGGUGUAAUUGUUCUGCUCAUGAUUUCUGGAAAUCUUGGAGUUGCCAAAUGGGACCUGGAAUAAAUUUCUCCCUAAUUCUACCUCCAGGCAGUGCUUCUGCAGAAGGGGGAUGCCCAUCCUGUUACCUGCUCGCCCCACUGAGCGCAAGCAAGAAAGGAAAAAGGAGGGCUGUCUCCUCUUGGGUCCACGUAAACGGGUCUGACGGACAGAACCUGGGGACAGGACCCUUGCUGCUGACUCCCUGCAGCAACGCAACCCACAGCAGCCACCUCCUGUGGGACAGAACCAACCCGAGAAAGGUUUAAUUCUCCUUUUUCACUCCAAGGAGCAUCCUCUUGCUCACGUCCUUGGAAAAGGACACUUCCCCCUGCCUGCUCUGCCGACUGCUGCUGAGCUGUGCCACCUCCCUCUGCUUUAGGGUGACUGUGGUCAGAGAUCCCAAUGGGGCCAUGCUCAGUCCCGCUGCGCCUCCCGGUCCUGCAGCCCUGUUUGCUGGUGCUGUGCUGAGCAGAACCACCCUGCAAGCAAGGCACAGCCCUGCUCCCCAGCUCCAAGCUGGCAGGAGGGUGAGUGCUCAGCUCUCCUUCCCUGGGAGUUAUCUGCUGUCGGUACCACCAGGCUGCCUGCCCCCUGCUCCGGGAGCAAGGGGGUCUCUGGGAUGCUCAGCCUUGGUACUUCUAUGUCUUGUUUGACCUGAGCAGCCUCCCUGCAACGCCUGCCUGCCUUUUAUAGAUCAGUGGUGUAUCAAAUCUCAGUGUUAUUGCUGGGCUUUGCAAAAUCAUGUAGAAGCAUUUUGUUUUACAUAAAAUUUUCCCUGGGCUUCCUCCUGUCUCACCUUGUGCUUCUCCCGCUCCACCAGCCCCACCGUAAGGACACAAUGCUUUCCUGCACCAUUCCCCUGCUUCUUAUUAACCUCUGCUUUCCAGUGCCCAAGGAGAUGGAUGUACAGCCCCUGAUGAACAGUCUCAGACACACCACUUCUCAGCUGCACGAUGGGGUACAGCACCUCUGCUCUGUCACCGUGCUAUCCUACCUGCUGAGGGCACCACUCACACAUGGGGGACAGUGCCACCCAGCAGCUGUGACAGCAGCUGCCCAGCUGUCACCAACCAAAGCACAGCUGGCUUUGCAGGGGAGACACAGGCUGGGAGGUUUCUGUCUCCCUGAAGGAGGGACAGGUGUGGUCCCAUCACGUUGCCACCUUCCCCUGCUUCCUGAGUUUGCUGGACUGGAGGUCAGAGAAAGAGGUUUUAGCCCUGGGACAGUUGUUCUAGGGACAGGGAAUGGGGAAGGCCUUCUCGUCCUGCCUGGCACACAGAGAACCGCUUUACAUCUCUCCCCUUUCCCCCAGGAGGAAGGAACCAGUUAUGGUGUCAGAUUUAUGAAGUUUGCCCUUUCCAAGCGUGAGGAUUCUGGGGCAGAGCAAAAUACACCCAAACCCACAGUCCAGAAAGGCCACUGUCACCCUUGGGGCUGUGUGACCGGUGCAGCAGCCACGGGAGCAGGAUAUAAUUAGAUGUAUUUGUGUACAUCUUUGAGUCCUUGAGAGAAGAAGCUGAAAGACUGGCUGCAUGGCUGAGCCUCAUGCCCAGAUGGGGCUCUGCUCUGUGCACAGCCAGGGACUGUGGUGCUCUCCAAAGUAGGAUGAGCAGGGCUGACAGGACAGUCCCUUCCUACAGCAUCCUAUAGGACAUGGCAGUGGGGCAGCACUGGGAGAGAGCAGGAACAGGCUGCAGAGGGCAUCAGCACGAGCCUGUUUGCAGAGCUCAAUGCAAGCAGACACUGGCACACACAAAUCAGCAGCCCGAGCCAUGGCUUCACUUACAGCUUUUUCAGCAAACACGUGUGGAGCUGUUCUGCCCCCCAGCACGAAACCAUCGAUGUGCUGAAUGCUCCAAGCACAUCUGCCUCUCCUCACCUCGGUCCCCACACUCCUACUGCUCCUGCAAAAUCUCCCAGGGUGCACACGUCGGCAAAGCAAUGCCAUGUGCAGCAACACUGUGCUUCAGAAACCAAAAGCC